AUUGUUUACAUGAUUGUGAUUGUUUGUGUGCAUCACUGUGACAAAUUAAUACACUCAAAUAUAGUUAAUAAAAUAGCACAUUUGUAAUAGAAAUAUUAUUAUCCCUUGCAAAAAAAAAUUGAACCAUUUUUUAUAUUUUUUCGCAUUUUUGACCAAAACAUUCCUUGCUUGUUUAAGUAUAUCGUCCAUUGCUGCUAGCAUGUCUUCUCAAGCCUUUAGACCUAGAAAAACUUCUUCACCUAGUUAUCCUACACCAGCUCAAAGCCAUUCCGGUUCUUCUGAGGUUGGUUCUCCUUCGGAUGGUAUAGCUCGUCAAAGAAUGUCAAAGAAGGAUGAGGCGAUUCGAAAAAAAGUUGAACAUGAAUUAAACAAGAAAAAUCGGACAAAAAGCACAUCGUUAAAUAACCGCGGAAAGCCACAACGACAGGUUCCGGGAGCUAAAGGGACUGUUGCAUCACUUAAUCCAUCACAGGCGCUAACCGUUAGAGAAAGCGCGUUGGUUGUGGAAGCAUCACAGCUUAUGGCAGCUAAGCGUGCUGACUGUGUGCUUGUUAUAGAUAGCGAAGAACAUUUGUCCGGAAUUUUUACUGCUAAAGAUUUAGCUUUCCGAGUAGUUGGGGAUGGUUUAGACGCAAGAACUACAACUGUAGCAACGAUCAUGACGAGGAAUCCGAUGUGUGUAAAGAAUGAUACUUCAGCAACAGAUGCUCUUAACACAAUGGUUGCGCGCGGUUUUCGCCAUCUUCCUGUAUGUAACGAAGAAGGUGACGUUGUAGGAUUACUCGACAUUACCAAAUGUCUUUACGAAGCAUUAGAUAAAAUGGAGCGAGCAUACGGCUCAUCCAAGAAAUUAUAUGAUGCUCUUGAAGGUGUUGAAAGAGAAUGGUCAACAAAUCAACCUACACAGAUCCUUCAAUACAUGGAUAUGCUGCGUGAAAAGAUGGCUUGCCCAGAUCUUUCGUCCGUUUUGGAUGGCUCAAUGCCAGCCGAAGUUGGCGUUAAAACAUCAGUGAGAGAUGCUGCUAGAUUAAUGAGAGAGUAUCGAACAACAGCAGUAUUAGUCAUGGAACAUCAUUCGAUUGCUGGUAUUUUUACCAGUAAAGAUAUUGUAUUGAGAGUUAUAGCAGCUGGUUUAGAUCCUUCAACAUGCAGCGUAAUCAGAGUUAUGACACCACACCCUGAUACCGCACCGCCACAGACAAGUAUUCUAGAUGCAUUGAAAAAGAUGUAUGACGGCCACUAUUUAAAUUUACCGGUUGUUGAUGGCGGCAGCAUUUUAGGGAUGGUUGACGUAUUGAAAUUGACAUAUGCAACAAUGGAACAGAUGUAUUCCAUGCAAAAUCAAGAAAAUGGUAAUGACGGAGGUGGUCCGAUGUGGAAUAAGUUUUGGAAUUCUUUGGCUAAUGAUGGUGAUAAUGAAUCUACGGUAUCAGAUUCGAUUGCUCCAUCUCAGAGUGUUUCGAAUAUUCCACCACCAUCACCAAAUUCAAGAACGCGUGGAAGCGGUAAUAUCUCUCCAAUUCCCGAAAUUCACCCAAGUGAAUCAGCUUCAGCAAUUGACGAUGGAUCUAUGGCGUCAUUUCCACGAGGCCAUGAUGAAAACUUCUUUACUUUUAAAUUCAAAGCACCCAACGGUAAAUCACAUCGUUUUACCGUUGAUUAUACAAGUUUUGAACAUAUUCGAGCUACAGUAGCUUCCAAACUUCCCUCCAACGUCCGAGAUUUCACAAUCUAUUAUGUAGAUGAAGACGAUGAUCAUGUUUCAAUGUCAAAUGACGAUGAUGUUAUUGAUGCCGUAAGGAUCGCACAACGGCAGGGUAUGAGUCGUGUUAUUUUACAUAUUCAAGAAAUUGAAAAGAAAUCAUUAAGAUCUUAUGAUUAUGAAGAUGAUGAUGAUUCAGAUGAUAUCCUUGAAAAGAGAAGACGUAGAAAACGCGGCAAGCAUGCACCCGAUUAUAAUUUACCUAUUCCACAUGAUUUAUUGUUACCUGGAGCUGUUCUUACACUUGCAAUAGCUAUUAUAGGAGUGUUUGCAUUAUCUCGAUCCAAAUAAUUGGCCUUGUUACUCAUACUUGCAAUGCUCAUGUGUUUAGUUUAGUAUGUAAUUAGCUAUACAGUUCCUGCUAAUUAAUGAAAUUAACGGUGAUUUGGAGAUCAGUAAGUGCUGCUUAUAAAAAAUGAAUAUGUGAAGUGUUUAUUUCCUUCCAUAUAAAUUUUAAGCAUUACAUUUGUAGGUAUAAAAUUCAUGCGUUCUUAAAACGCGUGUUUAUUAAUUGGACACUUAGUAAGAUUAAAAGACAUUUUAAAAGUUUCUAAUAACUUAAUAUAUAUAUGUUUUAAAAUUUUGCAAACUCAUUCCUUUAUUUGCUUCUUAGCAUGCAUUUUCUCUUAACUAUAUUAAGCCACAUUAAAAUAGAGCAUUAUUCCUUUGCAAACAUCUUUUUAAUUUACCCCUUUACAAUACAACUUUAUUUUUGUUUUUUCUU